AUCGAAGAGAAUCGAGAUCUCGCGGCUCUCUUCUCCGCUCUCAGCUGUUGCCUCCGAUCCAUCGCUAAUUCUACUCUUAACUUCGUAGAUUUGAUUUUCGCGCGUUAUUAUAAGCUUUCGUGAUUCGAUCUAGGGUUUCCGCGAGAUCUAAGAUUCCUUUAAUUUUGUCCCGUAUUCGUCCCGUAAAAUCGUAUAACAAAUGUCUCGGUGUUUCCCGUUCCCGCCACCUGGCUAUGUAGUUAACGGAAUCCGCGAUGCUGAUGUGGCUAUGAUCGAUUCGAUCAAGGGGGAAGAAAAGAAGAGUAAGAAAGAACAUAAGGGAAAAAGAGACAAGAAGGAGAAGAAAGAAAAGAAAGAUAAGAAGGAUAAAAAGAGGAAGGAGAGGGAAGGUGAAAGCGAAAAACACUCUCAUAAGAGACGGCGUAAAGGAGAAGAAGUUGCCAAAGAUGUUCAGAACAAACUAAAAGAAAGUGAAAGUGUUUGUUUGGAGAAGAGUAGUCUUACUGUAGAGCGUGAGCUGGUUCAGUCCACGUCUCAGAACUCUUGUGACAGCACUCUUAACAGCAAUGAGAAGGAGAAGCAGAAGGUUACUCUCAAUGUUAGACAUAACAACAAGAAUGAUAGCUCUCUUAACAGCAAUGAGCUACCUAAAGAGAAGCAGCCUCUCAAUGGUAGACAUAACAGCAAUGAGCUGCUACUUAAGGAAAAGGAGAAGCAGCUUCUCAAUGGUAGGCAUAACAGCAAUGAGCUGCUACUUAAGGAGAAGGAGAAGCAGCUUCUUGAUGGUAGACAUAACAACAACAACAACGACUCUGAAAGCAUCAUUCGGAUUCGUUUGCCUAUUCGAAGGCCUAAAGAUCCUGAGAUGACGAUGAUGGUUACCAACAAGGAUCAUCAUCAACCUUGUCCUUCCCAAGAUAUAAAGUUAGAUAGUGUUGCUAGAGAGCAGCCGCAACAUCCUUGUUCCACUUCUGCACCAGAACAAGUGUCAAAGAGAAAGGACCACACUUCCAAAACCAAACACAAAGAGAAGAAACUGUCUUCCACUGCUCGAGAAGCUUUGCAAUUCUUGAACAUAGUUGAGAAUUGGGUCCCUACCACGAUCGAGAGCAGAGUAGAGCUAACUAACUCUGAAGAUGAUGAAUGUUGGUGGUUGGUAAAGAAGCCAAGUAGCAACAAGAUUGACACAGAAAGAAGCAAACAACUUAACAGAAACAAUGAGACCAGGCAGCAAGUAAUGAGCAAUACUUGGCCACGUGCUAGCCUUUUACCAGAAGCUGAUGUCUACGCCUUACCUUACACUGUCCCUUUCUGAUUAAAGGUUGAGAGAUAGCCAAGUAAAAACCUGGUACGAGAUAUCUAUGUACCGGAUUCGGACCAGACAUUUUUCUGGGUUUAGGCCUUGAAUGUUUGUUUGUAUAAGAACACUGUUCUUUAUUCUUAGUAAAAUCAGUUUUACCCC